GCAAGUCGGGAUGGGGUAUUCUGGGUAAGGAGGAAAGGGCGAAUGCCUUGCCGAGACCUGGGUACCACGUUUGCGACGGUUGAGCUGUACUUGAGGGUAAGCGCCGGGAAAAACAAGAUGGCGCAAUGGUUAUCGCCUCCUGUCUACUCUAGUGGUCCGGAAAUGCCUAUAGAGGGUUUAGUGCGGAUCACGGGCCAGGAGAACAAAGGCGAGUGUGCGAUGGCGCGAAGAAGAACGUUCCUUGAGGAACGCCCCUUGGGCGUUGAACCGCCUAGGGAAGUACCGGGUGGAGAAGAGGUUAGCUUGCCGGCGGCAAGUGAAGGCUGGCACCGGGUGGCGGAUUGGGUCAGGAUCGAGCUUGCGAAAAAUAUGGUUUAUUUGGUGACGAAAGUUGAGUGGCUUGCGGCUGAGAAUGGGGAAUGGAACCCAGACCCACGGGGGCACGCGCGCGCAGAAGGGUGGUUGUAUGUGUCGGAAAACGGAUGGAGGGAGUUCGAAGCUCAGCUGGCAUCAAGAGAAGACCCGUUGAGCAUGUUUGCAGGGGCAUGGCAGCUAGUAUGGAAAACGGGAUUUGAGUUCGCAGAUCCAGGGGUUGACGAUGUAACAGCGGACCUUAGGGUAGCCAUGGUUGGGACUUCUAAGUCGGAAAUGACGAUGAGACGCACCCGGAUGCCGCGACGACCCAUGCACCCACGGCCACCCACGGAAAACGGAGAUGGAUGGGAGGUGUCGCUCCCAGCAAGCUACAUGAUUCAAGGAUUGGAUACCGAGUGGAGAGUCGUGACCCUAAGAAGAGGUCAGGCGUUCAUGAUGGUGGAAUGUUUGAGGGAUGGUAUGAGAAUUAAUAGAGGACCGGGGGACGAUCUGUGCACUGAUCUUAGGGUAACGGGGACCGUAUACCUGCCAGAGCUCGGGUGGCACAUGUUAGGGAUGGAGUUGGCACUAGGGCAUGGGUUGUUGCCAAUCUUCCAGAUGGCUGCUAGAGUACUAAACCGGGUGGGCCAGGAAGUGCGAGGAAGAAGGAAUGUGGGGUUAAAGACUCGGGUGGAGAUAGGAGGUUGGCGAGAGUUUAAGGCCCCAAUGACCAGGUUGAGGUGUCGAGUACCUCGCUUCAUGGUAGACCUUGUACUCGGUAGUCUCAAGAGGGCAAGGGAUUUGGUAGACUCGACUCUGGUUUGGAUCCACCUCUUCCGGCUGCAAACAACGGGCAAGUUCUAUGACGUGUCGGUCAGACAUGGGCCGCUAGGGAAAGAAAUGGCGACGGAGGAAGGGAUCGAUGACCAGCAGAGCGGAGGGAAUCAGGGCACGAAUGGGAAUAGGGAACGAAACGAGGAAUCAGCCAAGGAUCGAGAGUCAGCCAAACUGGAGGGGACCCGAGAAGACGGAAAGGACGCCUCAAUUGGAGAAAGCUCGGGGAAAACUGGGGGUAGCAAAAGGGGACUUCAGGAAAAUAGGGAAGGGGGAAAUGAUAUGAGAACAAGUCCUCGGAACUCAUCAGGAGCCACCCCUAAAAAGACGAAAGUCUUGGAUACCAGUCAUAAACUGGCAGAGAUAGAGAAGCGGACAACGAAAUUUAAGGCAAGACUUAUCGAGCGGAUGAUGGUCGGGGAUGAGGAGGACCUCCAGGACGCAGGGUCACGUGAGGGACGCAGGGCCGAUCAGGACGAGGCUAGGUAUAAGGGGAAGGAUGAUAGUCACAAAGGAACGCCUAGCAAGAAGGGGAAGGACAAGAGCGACCCCCCGGCGGAAGGAACGGAAAACGCUAUGACCCCACCCGCCAUUGACAGCGGCACUAGCAGACUACCCGCCACGCCGAAAGUAACAGGGGCGUGUGACGGACUYUGGAGCCUUAGGGAGAGAGUGCUAGGAUGGUUCGACCCAGAAGGAACACCGAAAACCAGGGAGAAGCAGAGGGAAAGCAAGGAAGGGGAAGGAGCCAGUGCAGCCGGGGAAGCGGGUGGCUCCGAAGACGGUUUCAAGAAAGUACUCGCCACCCUCAACAGGACGCUGAACAAGAACCAGGGGUAUCUCGCAGAUGCAAAAAAGAAACUCACGUUCGAUGGGGCCAACAUUACGCAGUUUCUAAUAGACUAUGAGAACCUAUCAGCCUUACUGAAAUAGACGGAAGAGGAAAAGAUGGAGCACCUAGGACAGCACGUAUCGCUAAGUUUGGGAAGGGGCAUUAUGGCCAUCGUCGCCUCCUGUGGAUCCUGGAAAGAGACCAGGAAUGAGAUGAUGAGGAAAUACGUGAAGGCAGAAAAAAUGGCAACAGAGGCAGAAUUAGCCGCAGUCCAGAGGAAAAACUAUGCGACCUACAAUGAUUUCCUGAGGGCGUUCACGUUAGUGGCUCUGCGAAUUCCCGGGGUAACGGACCGCAUAAUGAGUAAAUACUUCCUCAGGCAGUUCUCCGAGUUUGACAAGGAUAAAAUUUUGUCAGCAUA